AUGGAUGUGUUCUUCAUGGAUGAGAAGAAGCCGCAGCGCAUGUACGUACCCUUCGAACCUCGGGGCCCUGCAUCACCAGCCGCAGGAAGCGUCGGCUCGAGUGACCUGCCCUUCUACUCCUUCCCGGUGGAGCACGGCAAGGGCUACAUCUCCAUGGCGUGGGUGUUCGGCCGUGGCACCGCCUUCAAGAGCCAACAAACGCAGCAGCAGGGGCAGCACCAGCCGGAGGGGAGCUGCGUCGUGUACAUCUCAGACGUAAGCAACGUCCCGGCGACGUCAAUGGCGUUCCUGCAAGACCUCGUGAAGAUCGACGUCCUCGUGCUGGACCUGCUCGCCGAGCACGGGGCGCCGUCGGCGUCGCACUACUGCGCAGACGAGGCUAUCCCUCUCGUCGUGGCACUCGCGCCACGGCGCACGUACUUUGUUGGCAUGUUCUGCAGCCUCGAGCAUCACCGCACAAACGAGCUACUUGCGCUAGAGCUGGCCGGAUUGAAGGCGCAAUACCGUGACGAGCUCGAAGCCGUAGUGCCGGGGUCGUCGGCACCCGCGGCCACGUGUGCCGAGAGAGAGCGGAAGCGCGCAUUUGUGAAUCGGGUGUGCUCCAUGGAACUUGCGUAUGAUGGUCAGAAGCUCGACAUGGAGGCCUGA